AGACAACAAGCGCAGUCGGCGAUCUGCUCCUGCACGGAGACGCUCGUGUGAUACCUCUCUUCCACCCUUCGUUCGUGUCUCCGGCGCGCAGUGCACCCUGACGAACGCGAGACUGUCUCCCAGGUGAACUUCCGGUGAGAUCCAGCGAGCGGCGAACCCCGCGACGCGCUAACAAGAUCGCGCCGAGCGUACCGAUGGCAGCGGGAAACGGCGAAAGAGCCGGAAGUGGACACGCGAGGGCGCAAUGAUCCGGAGAUCCUGAAGAUCACUGCUGCAACAGCCCGUCCCGGGAACUACCGGGCGGUCCACGAUGUUGGUACCGCCUGAUAUGAUCUCGUCACACUCCAGGAUGGUUUACCAGUUCAACAAGUACUUCGGCGAGCGAGUGAUGACCCGAAAGAAUCAAGUAGCAAAGACCAUCCAGGAGGUGUGCCGGGUCGUGCAGGAUGUGCUGAAGGAGGUGGAAGUGCAGGAACCGCGCUUCAUCUCGUCGCUGACGGACUACAACGGCCGCUUCGACGGCCUGGACGUGAUCUCGCCGACCGAGUUUGAGAUUAUCAUCUACCUGAAUCAAAUGGGUGUGCUGAACUUUGUGGACGACGGCACCCUGCCGGGCUGCGCGGUGCUCAAGCUCAGCGACGGUCGCAAGAGGUCCAUGUCGCUCUGGGUGGAGUUCAUCACCGCGUCCGGUUACCUGUCGGCGCGCAAGAUACGCUCGCGUUUCCAGACCCUGGUGGCGCAGGCGUGCGACAAGUGCACGUACCGGGAUUCCGUGAAGAUGAUCGCUGACACCACCGAGGUGAAGUUACGUAUACGCGAACGUUACGUCGUGCAGAUCACGCCGGCGUUCAAGUGCGCCGGUUUGUGGCCGCGAUCGGCCUCCCACUGGCCAAUCACGCACAUCCCCUGGCCACACCCGAACAUCGUCGCCGAGGUGAAAGCUGAAGGCUUCGACAUGCUCUCCAAGGAGUGCAUAGGCCUGCAGGGCAAGCAAUCCGCCAUGGAGGGCGACGCGUGGGCAUUGUCAUUCAUCGACGCGGAGAAUCGGUUGCUGCAGGGCGCGAGCAGGAAGCGCUGUCUGAGCAUCUUGAAGACCCUGCGAGAUCGGCAUCUCGAGCUGCCGGGAAACCCGGUCACCAGCUACCACAUGAAGACCUUGUUGCUGUACGAAUGUGAAAAGCACCCGCACGAGGCGGAAUGGGACGAAGGUUGCCUGGCCGAGCGGAUAAAUGGCAUCUUUCUGCAGCUGAUCUCCUGUCUGCAGUGUCGUCGCUGUCCGCAUUACUUUCUGCCGAAUCUCGAUCUAUUCAAGGGGAAAUCUCCCAGCGGCCUAGAGAAUGCGGCGAAGCAGGUCUGGAGACUCACCCGGGAGUUGCUGACGAACAGCCGCGCGCUCGAGAAGCUGUAGCUGAAUGCAGGUGUACUCAACGUGACCGAAUAGACGAAGCAAUUGCUCGAUGCACUCGCAAUCUUGUCGCCCGCAUUUGCGUCGCUGAUGCCGGCGCACGAGGAAAAUACACCUAACGCCACGAAGCGACGGCUUCGUGAGGAACCACGAGAAUCCACGAAGAGCCUUUUUUUUAUUCUUCAUCGAAUUAUUGGGAGCCUCGACCUGAGAUUUUCAACCUGGACCUAGUGGAAUCCCGAUCCCGGAGUAUACGCAUAGAAAUUCUCCAGGGAUGUUCAGUGUGUGUUGACAGCAACCCUUGCGCCAGAAUAUAAUCGCGCAUGUAUGUGAUGUUUAGUGAACGCGUGUUGCACGCAGACAAUCGAGUUUAGUGCCAUAAAUACUUCGAUGUUAGAGAAAGGGGAAACAAAAUGCCGUUUCUACUGUCGGUGCGAGGUACUUGCUGCAAUUACAGACAGUCGCGGAGAGGAUGAUCGAUCUCGCACGGCCAAUCCAUAAUGUCGCAAGGUCCGGCCGACAGAAGCGCGCCUGAAGUAACUAUCGACCUGUGGUACAGAAACUUUGUCAUCAUGCGAAACAGCGAAAAUGUCCAUUCUCCGCGUUUGACCCUUUAAGUGCUGCAAAUCAGCAUCCGGUAAUCGUAUAAAAAUUCGAAAAAAACGUGACUUUUUCUUCACGCAAACGAUUAUUUUUUGAACACGCCGCUUUAUUUCGACACUUAAAAUUUUCUCGUGAAUCUUCCAAUUUGAAGCUACGGGCACUGCCAAUCCAGCGCUUGAAGGGUUAACGCGAUUCAGUCGCCGUUCUUUUCGACGUGAACGCUCAAUUUGUUCUCCAAUUUUGAGGUCGAUAGCUGACCACGGUUAAGGGUCGUUUCUCUCUUAUUAACUGUCCCGUCACUCCUCUUUCCCCCAACUCCGACGCCUAUGUAAAUAAUACUUGAAAAAGAUAUUUAUUGAACUGUAAAACGAAAUGUGAAAUAUAAUGCUAUUUAUAUGGAA